GGGAACAGAGGGCUGCGUGCCGUCCAGACAGAGCACACAGGGGCCGUGCGAGUGGACAGCUCAGAACUGGCCUAUGGACUUAGUCCCUAUUUGCUCCUCUGAUAACUGGGGUGACCUUAGUUAAUAUUCACCAGCAGCCUCCCCCGUCGUCCCUCUGGGUCCACUGCUUAAAUACGAACCACAACUAGGCUCUGUCUCCUCAGCCUCGGUCACCAGCCCCGGCCUGGGACAGUAAACCGACGAUGCCAUCCUCCAUCACGUGGGGCCUCCUCCUGCUGGCGGGUCUGUGCUGCCUGGUCCCCUGCUCCCUGGCUGAGGGUCUCCAGGGAGACGCUGUCCAGGAGACAGUGGCAUCCCAACACGACCAUGAGCACCACGAGGCGCCGGCCUGCCACAAAAUCGCCCCGAACCUGGCUGACUUCGCCUUCAGCAUGUACCGCCAGGUGGCCCAUGAGUCCAACCACACCAACAUCUUCUUCUCCCCCGUGAGCAUCGCUACGGCCUUCGCGAUGCUGUCUCUGGGGAGCAAGGGUGACACUCACACCCAGAUCCUGGAGGGCCUCGGUUUCAACCUCACCGAGAGAGCAGAGGGUGAAGUCCACGAGGGCUUCCAGCAGCUUCUCCACACCCUCAACCGGCCGGACAGCCAGCUGCAGCUGACCACCGGCAGUGGCCUGUUCAUCAACGAGAGCGUGAAGCUUCUGAACAAGUUUCUGGAGGACGUCAAGAACCUGUACCACUCGGAAGCCUUCUCCAUCAACUUCGGAGACAACCAAGAGGCCAAGAAACGGAUCAACGAUUACGUAGAGAAGGGAACCCAAGGAAAAAUUGUGGAUUUGGUCCAAGAUCUUGACAAAGACACAGUUUUUGCUCUGGUGAAUUACAUUUUCUUUAAAGGCAAAUGGGAGAAGCCCUUCGAGCUCCAGCAUACCACAGAGGAGGACUUCCACGUGGACGAGGACACCACGGUCAGGGUGCCCAUGAUGAGCCGCCUGGGCAUGUUCGACGUCCACUACUGCGACAUGCUCUCCAGCUGGUCGCUGCUCAUGGACUACGUGGGCAACGCCACCGCCUUCUUCAUCCUGCCCGACCAGGGCAAAAUGCAGCAGCUGGAGGAAACGCUGAACAGGGACAUCCUGGCCAAGGCCCUGGAAAAGAGACAUUCCAGGUCUGCCAAUUUACAUUUGCCCAAACUGUCCAUUUCUGGAACCUACGAUCUGCAAACCGUCCUGAAAAAAAUGGGCAUCACCAAGGUCUUCAGCAACGAGGCAGACCUCUCAGGGAUCACUGAGCAAGGUCCCCUGAAGCUGUCCAAGGCGCUGCAUAAGGCCGUGCUGACCAUCGACGAGAAAGGGACAGAAGCCGCUGGGGCCACAUUUAUGGAAGCCAUCCCCAUGUCGAUGCCCCCAACUAUCCAGUUCAACAGGCCCUUUGUGAUCAUCCUCUACGACAGAAACACCAAGAACAUCCUCUUCAUGGGAAAGGUGGUGAACCCCACCCACACAACACCUGGCUUUCUGAAUUCAGCCCCCUCCCCAGACGACAGACAUUAAAGAAUGAUCCGGCCCAA